AUGGCUGAGGAAGUCGUCACACGCUUCUUUAUCUUGUCGGAUACCCACGGCGACCGACUACCAAUUCCCGCAGUGACCUUCGACGUGGCGAUACAUGCUGGUGACUUGACCGAGGAGUCCAAGCUCGACGAGUUCAAGGAUGCUAUCUCAUUGCUUCGUGAGGUCAAUGCGCCUUUAAAACUCGUCAUACCUGGCAACCACGAUUUCACCCUUGAUGAGCCCAUGUUCAAGAGAAAGCUUGCGGCGAUCGAGCCUCCGCCCGAUGAUGACCUAGUCAAGCGCGAGUAUGGUGCGUUUGGCGAAGUAUCACGCCUUUUCGACGACGCAACAAAGUCUGACAUCGUCCUACUCGGAGAAGGCACUCACAAGUUCAAGCUUGCAAAUGGUGCCUUAUUGACCGUAUAUGCUAGUCCAUACACUGCAUCCCUAAGUGACUGGGGCUUUCAAUAUCAUCCUCAGCAGGGCCACGAUUGGUCAAUCAGCAAAGACGUUGAUGUCGUGAUCACUCAUGGUCCUCCCAACGGUGUGCUCGACUACACCGACUCCCAAACAAGAUCCGGCUGCCCGGGCCUCUUUGCUGCAGUAGCACGUGCAAGGCCACGCCUUCACUGCUUCGGUCACAUCCACGAAGGCUGGGGAGCCAAGAGAGUGACUUGGCGUGAUACGCCGAGCGAUCAGCCAUCACACUUCACCGACAUUGACAAUGAUGAGUCGCAUGUGGUCCAAAAUCUGGCAGGGCUUCGUGCAAAUCGCUAUGAUGAUACCGCGGGCAUAGCAACAAAAAAGGAGACACUGGACAAAUACAUGAAGCAGCGAUACUAUCCAGCCAAAGAGGAACUAUGCAAGGACAUCAACACACUUUUUGUGAAUGCGGCCAUACAGGGCCCAGAAGAAGGUACAUGGCAGCUGCCCUGGCUGGUCGAGAUCAAACUUCCAAGAGCGCCACAGGAGUGA